CUGAACAGGCAGAUACUUUGUUUCAAUUCCAGUAUUAAGAUUGGGGCGGUUCUGAACAAAGUACAUAUAAGUAUCAACAAAAUCACACUCCUUUGUUUGAGGGAGACACCCUCGAGUGUGCUGGAUAUGCUCUUGAGGGAGGAACGACUCUACAAUGAGAGAAGAAGCAUCCUUUAUUGCGUAAAGAACAGCAUCUCGGAAAUACUCUCGGCCGGAGAUGUGAAUGACAUACCAUUCACCUCAAAAAACAUUACUGAACUAACGUUUGCUGGCGUGCAGAAGGAUCUCCGAGCACAGAUCCUCGCUAUCUACGAAUGGAUCCGUGGUUGGAACCACUUUAAAAGGUUAAGCACUUCUGACAAGGUAAAUAGUUUGAAAUCUUGCACUGGAAAUUUAGCGUAAUC